UUCAGCGCAUGCUGCACGCACCAGCCACCAGGUAUUUUAAGGGGUCACACUUGCUUGUUUCAUGUACUAGCACAAGAAGAAACCGUACCACUUCAUCAGGCCAAAUCGCCAGCAAUCCACCAUGGCUAAACCAGAGGGGCCAACCAUUGGCGUGAAGCUGUUCGUGGACAAAGAGAAGAAGAAGGUGCUCUUUGCUGAGUCCGACAAGGAGUUCGUCGAUGUGCUCUUCAGCUUCCUCACCAUGCCGCUCGGCACCAUCGUCCGCCUGCUGGACAAGCAGUCUCAGAUGGGGUGUCUCGACCAGCUGUACAAGAGCGUGGAGGACCUCAACUUGGAGUACUUCCAAACCAGUGCUUGCAAGGCGAUGCUUCUGAAACCGCUCAACGCGGCUUCCGGCCACUGCUGCCGCCUCAAGAUCAACGUUGAUGGAAGCUUUCCAAGGGUGGUCUAUGUCUGCAAGGACACGUCGUGCAGCGCACUCAGCGACAACGCGUUUAGUUCGUUCCCUGGCACGGUCUGCAAAUGUGGUAAGGUCAUGGAGUUCGUUGGGCGGUGCCCAAAAUACGAUGGUGACACUGAAACCGCCGCCGCCGCUUGUUCAGAGGAUGGAGUUUUUGUGAUAGGUUGCUUGAAGUUUAUCGUCACCGAUGAUCUCCAGGUUGCGCCAGCAUCUACCUCUCUUAUGAUGUCUUUCUUCGAGAAAUUUGGUGUGCUUGAUCCAGCUGUCCUAGAGCAGCAGGUUCUGCAGUUCAGUUCUGAAAAGAUAAAAUGCUUGUUGAAGAGAUUGUUGACGUCCAAGCAACCUCUCACUGAUCAUUAUUUCGAAGCUCUUGUUCCACAAGAUGAUGCAAGCCUAGAAGCGCUUGUUCAGAACUUACAUCCUAAACAAGAAAACGAGGACCAGGAAAUGCCAGGAAACCAGAAGAUCAGGGUUCUUCAGACGAAGGACAACUCUGCCCUGCUGUAUGAUGAAGUUGGUGUCGAUUUUGUGGACUCUCUCUUCGGCUUAUUAAGCAUUCCACUGGGAUCGGCAAUUAAGUUAUAUUGCCAGUGCUCGGCAAAAGGCUGCCUCGGUAAUGCUUACAGGAGCAUAGAUGGUAGUGUCAAAGAAUUCGUCAGAGAGGAGUGCCAGAGUCUCCUUCUGGACCCAAAGAGUCUAUGGUUUUCAGGUUGUAACCGUUCUCACGAGUUCGCUUAUUCUUUGCGAUGCAAUGAAGUUUUUUGCGCGAAUAAGGUGAAGUCCAUUAAACUUUGUGAGGCGAACCCAAAACGACAAAACGGCGGAAGCGGGCAGACGAAUUUUGUGGUGAAAGAAAUCAAACUAAAGGUUAUGGAGCUACAGAGGGCUGUCCUUGUGCUGAGUCGCAAUAUACUCAGCUCUGUGCUUCUGCAUCCUAAGAAGACCAAGAAGCUGCACCAUUACCGUCGCAUGUAAUAGUCGUCGUUGUUGCUUUACUCUAUAAUUAGCCCCAAUAAUAACAAUCUAUGUCUGUGUUUUCCUGCUGAAUUUGUAAGUUAUCAUUUUGGCCACUGGUACUUGGUAACUACUAUAACAGUUCGAGCAUAUAAUAAACUAGUGCAUCAGGCGCGCCCAUGCGCGCGUACCAAGCAGCUGUCAAUUAUUUUUUAUAUUUAGUUUU